AUGUCAUACUUCUUCUCGACCCCCGUCGACAUCGACAUCGUGCUGGAGGAUGCCGAUGAGCGGUCCAUGGUGGACGUAAAGCUCGACAAGAACCGCCGCGAAAAGGCACCGCUGUACAUGGAUGGCGAGAGUGUCAAGGGCGCCGUGACCGUCAGACCCAAAGACGGCAAGCGGCUAGAGCACACUGGCAUCAAAGUCCAGUUUAUCGGCACGAUAGAAAUGUUCUUCGACCGCGGAAACCACUACGAAUUCCUCUCCCUCGUCCAGGAGCUCGCUGCCCCCGGCGAGCUGCAGCACCCGCAGACGUUCGACUUCAACUUCAAGAACGUCGAAAAGCAGUACGAGUCGUACAACGGCAUCAACGUCAAGCUGCGCUAUUUCGUCCGCGUCACCGUCUCCCGUCGUAUGGCCGAUGUUAUCCGCGAGAAGGACAUUUGGGUCUACUCAUACCGCAUACCCCCAGAAAUGAACUCGUCCAUCAAGAUGGACGUCGGCAUCGAGGACUGCCUGCACAUCGAGUUCGAGUACUCCAAAUCAAAGUACCACCUCAAGGAUGUUAUUGUGGGUCGCAUAUACUUUCUGCUGGUUCGUCUCAAGAUUAAGCACAUGGAGCUGUCCAUCAUCCGGCGAGAGACGACGGGCGCGGCGCCUAAUCAGUACAACGAGAGCGAGACUUUGGUAAGGUUCGAGAUCAUGGACGGUUCGCCUUCGAGAGGAGAGACCAUUCCUAUUCGACUCUUCCUCGGCGGCUUCGACCUGACCCCGACGUUCCGGGAUGUGAACAAGAAGUUCUCUACCCGAUACUACCUCAGUUUGGUGCUCAUCGACGAAGACGCACGGCGGUAUUUCAAGCAGUCGGAAAUCAUCCUCUAUCGCCAAGCCCCGGACGCAGCUGCUGGUCCCAACAUGAUUAUGGCUGCCGCCCCGGAGAAUCCUAAGCUCAUGGGCAACUCUCUCGUUCAAACAUAA